CAGAAGUGAGGCAGAGAUUGCGCGCGGCGGAGUGAUAGAAAGAUCUGCAAAUUUGCUGGAAAAGUCAUGGAAUAUUUGGGAAAAAAUGAAUAAUCGCACAGCAACGUAGCUACAGUAAGAGCGCAAAGGUUCACAAUCAGGACUAUGCGGUAUUGAUUACGAAAUUGCUGUUCUCCUCUUGUGAAUAACUACACCUACGUGGUCGAGAAAAUAACAACUAAGGGAAUUCCGCUGAGAAACAGGACAGCAAAACUACUGGAUUGUGAAAACAUGGAGACAAGGGGAGAAGCGAGCCGAGUCCAAGUUUUGGGAUUUUGAACCUGAAAUAAAACAUCAGGGAAUUCUUGGGGUCCUUUUAAACAGAAAAUGCUGUGGACUUUUAAUUCGACGCUCGGUUGUUUUUUUCGCUCGCUAGAUGUUCGUGAAUUGAUUAUUUAGGAGCAGAAGGAAAAUCGGCGAGCUAGCCUAAACUUAGCUAGCAGCUAGCUACUGUAACGUUAGCUAACAUCAAAGAAGAGUAAAGUUUUCUGCCGAAGAGCUCGUCUGAUUGUUUAAAUGAAAACCGUUUCAUUUUGGGUGUCUGUGAAAGGAAAACCGCUUUAAAGACUUAGAUACACGAUUUUGAAAUGAGUUGGGACUUGUAAACAAGAAAAGUGGCUACGGUUUCCAGAAGUCUCGAAGGGAGAGUGGAAGGUGUUUUUUUUUCUUUUUUGGGGAAAAAGUCUUCCCUUUUUUCACCAGUAGUAUACGGUAUCACGAAAGCAAAGAGGCCUAUUUCGAGACGGUGAAAGAUUCCUUGUGAAAAACCGAUGCCACAUAUUCAACGAGGAAUACAGCAGCGAUUCCCAAAUACGGGUUAGAAGUUCGUUACGGAUUAUUUUUCUCUUUGUUAUGAAAGUAUCCGAAAUCCCUACGAACACGACUGAAGAUAUUCACAAGCUGCAACCUACAGCGAUGCAGACUGGGAACACUAGCAUGGGAACAUUUCUGACGGGAAACUGAGAAGGAAAAAAAUUACAGCCUAUCUCGUAAUAGACUACAUCUAUCUGUCCGUCAGUUAGACAAAAUCUUUUUUUUUUUAAUCCCACAAAAAGCAACGGACAAAAAGUGAUGAUAACCGCUUUAAAUGAAAACAGGAAUAAUCGUGCAAGUGGACAGAGACGAAGAGUUGGAAAACGAGGAGAGUAUAUGGUUAUUUUGUGGGGAAACAAAUUAACAAUAGGUAUAGCUAACGUUAGCUAGCUAAUACUUCUCUGGCGGUAUUGACAAAGGCGGCUGCUGCUACGGUGGCAGACGAAGCGUGUUGGAGAGUCCGGGUUAGCAUUUUUAUUCUGAUAAAAAGCAUUAUCUAGUAUAGGCUAUAUCCAUUCCCUCAUUAAAUAUUUCCUGCUACUCCGAGAUAAACGUAGGAUUGCACAGCAGCAAACAUUUUUGCGCAUUUGUGGGUUAUUUUAUAAGAAGGAUAUUUGUUUACACGUUACACUGAUUUACGAUGUUUUUCCUUUCUUCUGUUCAUAUUACGAAGGAAAUAAAUAGCUAACCGUUCACAAAAACAACGGGGAUCCAGUGUUAACUAGCAUAUUUUAUAAGCUGAUAUUUCAGUCAACUGUCAUCAUUGCUCCUCGUUUUCAAACGUAUAUCACCUUGACGGAUAUUAAGGAGGGACCUGCUACUUUCCACAACACGGAUGGUUUUUGUUUUUUUGGUAAGAUGCUAAUUGGAUAAAAGCCGAAGACAAACUAGAAACAAAAGCCCAAUGAGCGGCACACAGUCUACAAUCACUGACAGGUUUCCCAAAAAAGCGACCAGGGCAAGUAGCAUUCUCAGCAAGGACCACCCCCCAGACAAGAAGCCCAAGAGUGACAAACAGACCACGCCCCCUUCGCAUGAGUUUGACCCUACAGAGCUGCUGGCACAGAGGAGCGGGAGUGUAGCCGAGGGGAAGGCAGAGCCCUGUGGGCUCGUCCAGCGAUGUGUGAUCAUUCAGAAAGAUGAGAAUGGCUUUGGGCUGACCGUGAGCGGAGACAACCCCGUGUUCGUCCAGCUGGUCAAAGAGGAUGGCGCCGCAAUGCGGGCUGGCGUUCAGACCGGUGACAGGAUCAUUAAGGUGAACGGGACCUUAGUGACGCAUUCAAACCAUGUGGAAGUCGUGAAGCUGAUUAAGUCGGGCUCCUAUGUGGCCCUCACGGUUUUGGGGCGGCCCCCGGGCUUGCCCCAGAUCCCCCUGUCGGAGGGCGAGGGGGACGUCGGGCUGCCCUCCGCGACGUCGCCGCACUCUCCGGGCCCGGCCGGGGGGGACCGCACCUCCAGCACCUCCAGCCCCUCCGACAGGAUCACCGCCCCGCUGCCCGUCUGGGAAGAGAAUAAUAUCGUUCACUCCCAGAAGGUGGACAUCUUGCAGAAGAUGCUGACCAAGGAGCAGCAGGAUUUACAGGCCAUGAAGGAGGAGUACAGCAGGAACCCCACUCCUAAACUACUGAAGGGCAUUCAGGAAGCCAAGAAGCACAUUCCACAGCUACAGGGCCAGCUGAGCAAGGCCACCGGGGGCACGCAGGAUGGCCUUCCUUCCCCUCGGCCAGGGGAUGUGCUGCAUUUGAGCGAAGCUGAAGAUGGCAGCACAGGCGAUGCAGAUCAGAUACUCUCCUCACGCAGCGAUAGCUGGGCCAACAGCACCCCUGUCACUCCCAGCCUGCCCUCCACCUUCCCAGAGAGCCCGUGCCAAAGAGACACGCCCUGUAACAGCCCAAAGACCACGCCCAGGGACAGCCUCAACUCCUGCCCCUCCCCCGAAACAGAGGACAUGCCCGACCCGGACUCUCACUCCCAGUCCAGUGUGGGAAGCCCCUCCCCCCGCCUCGCCCCGCAGAUCAUUGGCGCGGAGGAUGACUACUUUGACACUGAGCAGGAACAGAUAAAUGGCCAGUGUAGUUGUUUCCAGAGUAUUGAGCUGCUGAAAUCUCGCCCUGCUCACCUGGCUGCCUUCCUCCACCACGUGGUCUCACAGUUCGAACCCGCCCCGCUGCUCUGCUACCUCUACGCUGACCUGUACAAACAGACCAAUUCCAAAGAGACCCGUCGGAUCUUCAUGGACUUCCACACGUUCUUCAUGGACCGAGCCGCGAAUCUUAAAGUCGCCGUACCAGAGUCCAUUGCCUCUGAACUGGAGCGGCGGAGACCGGAGCUGAUUCCGGAGGAGCUCCACAGGCAGUAUGUGCAGGUUCUGCAGGACAGUCUGGUCCCCGACAUACAGAAAAACCUGGAGGACUUCAGGCAGAAGCGCAGCAUGGGCCUGACGCUGGCCGAGGCGGAGCUCGUGCGGCUGGACACGGAGCGGGUCAGAGACCGCGUGGCGCUGGAGAGGGAGCGCUCCUGCGCCGAACACAUCAUCUCCAAGAUCGAGGAAGUGCUGCUGACGUCACAGCCCACAGAAGAGGAGAAGUGCAGCACCAUGCAGUUUGUCAUCCUGACCUAUAUGAAGCAGCUGGGUGUGAGGGUGAAGGAGCCCCGGGGCCUGGAGCCCAAACGAGUCCGCAUACAUUUCCUGCCCAAGAUAAAGAAGAGCAUAAAGAUUGAAAAAGAAGGGGAAGAGAAAGUGAAGAAGCCUCGAUUUCCCAGCAUCCUCGGUCCUCCCAGGCGACCCAGUCGAAUCGACGCCCCCUCGAUAGGCAGAGCCAUGGAGAUUAAUAAGCCGCGGCCGCAGAAGCAGCUGUCCCAGCCAGCGAUGAACAUCACCCGGCGCCACCACUCCUCCCUCAGCUACUCGCACACCCAGAGCCCCGAGGGAGGCGGCCGCGAUUCGGACAGCGGCCUCACGCCCUCCUCCGCCCUCCCCAGGGUGGGCGAGGGCCUGCACACGAGCGACGCCCUGGACGGCACGCCCCACACGCCCAGCACUCACUUCGACUUCAGCUCCUGCAGCGUGGAGCAGAGGCAGGACGAGGAGCGCGACAGCGACAGGGCUCCGGACGGGGGCACACCCAGGCCCAUCAGGAGAAUGGACACUCUGGGCAGUGCUGAGCUCCAGAGCGAGGAUGACCAGGGUAAUGAAACGGAGCUGGAGCAGGACCCGCCCAACUGGCAGCAGCUCGUGAGCCGGGAGGUGCUGGCUGGGCUCACGCCGCACGAGAUCAAGAGACAGGAAGUCAUCAACGAGCUGUUCUACACGGAGCGUGCUCACUUGCGCACGCUCAAGGUGCUGGACAGUGUGUUCUGUCAGAAGCUCACCAGAGAAGCCAUCCUUCCUGCUGCAGACAUCAAGAACAUCUUCACCAACCUGGAGGAAAUCGUUCAGCUGCACGUUUCCAUAUCUGACCAGAUGAGUGCGAUCAGGAAGAAGACCGAGACGACGGUCGUGGACCUGAUAGGAGACGACCUGCUGUCCUGGUUCGGCGGCGGCGAGGAGGAGAAGAUCAAGCGAGCGGUCGGCACCUUCUGCAGCAACCAGCCCUUCGCCCUGGAGCUCAUCAAGACCCGGCAGAAGAAGGACACGCGCUUCUCCUCCUUCAUGCUGGAGGCGGAGAGUAACCGCCUGUGCCGCAGGCUCCAGCUGAAGGACAUCAUCCCGGCCGAGAUGCAGAGGCUCACCAAGUACCCCCUCCUCCUGGAGAACAUCGCCAAGUACACAGAGGAUGCUGAGGAGAAGGAGAAGGUCAAGAGGGCAGGGGAGUGCUGUAGACAGAUACUCAACUAUGUCAACCAGGCUGUGAAAGAAGCUGAGAACAAACAGAGGCUGGAAGACUACCAGAGAAGGCUAGACCUGUCAUCAUUGAAACAGAGCGAGAACCCCAUGAUCUCGGAGUUCAAGAAUCUGGACUUGACCAAGAGGAAGAUGGUGCAUGAGGGACCUCUCUCCUGGAAGGUCAACAAAGAUAAGACAAUCGAGCUGUACACGCUGCUCCUGGAGGACAUCCUGGUGCUGCUGCAGAAGCAGGACGAGCGCCUGGUGCUCAAGUGCCACAGCAAGAACCUGGCAGGCACGGCCGACACCAAGCACAUCUUCAGCCCCAUCAUCAAGCUCAACACCGUGCUGGUGCGCUCCGUCGCUACAGACAACAAAUCCUUCUUUGUGCUGUCCAUGUCCGAUAACGGAGCCCAGAUCUAUGAGCUGAUGGCGCAGACUGUGUCCGAACAGAGAACGUGGCAGUGUCUGAUCACGCAAAGGGCGGACUCCAUGAAGACGAAAGCGCACAAUGUCAUUCCUUUACCUCAGACGGACGGGGAGCGCGACGCAGUGGAGAUGAUCGGCGCCGGAGUCAAACUGAACAAGGACCCGGACCGCACUUCCACCGGAAGCAUCCAGUCCCCUGAGAAGGAUGGCAGCGCCUCUUCCGCAGGGGUGACGCAGACCCCGCCCCCGGGGUCCAACCCCUUCGAGGAGAUCAAAGCGGAGGAGGAAGGGGCGGAGCUGGAGCGGGAGGGGGAGGAGGUGCCGUACCUGGAGCCCGACCUCGCCGACAGGCUGCCCUUCCUGCCGCAGAGGUCGCGCCAGGGCGUGGCCGUGGACGACGACGACGCCGACCCCUUCUGCUUGCCCCCCUCCAGAGCGGAGGAGGCCCUGCGCACCUUGGCUACUCUACGGCAGGUCCUGGUAAGCCAGAUGAUGGCCCAGGAGGAGGGCGAGAGGGCGGGGCGAGCCGGCGGGGGCGGGCGGCUCCUGAGGACCACCUCCCUGAGGGGCCCCAUGGAGAGCACGGGGGCCCGGGUGUCCUCGGCCCCGCUCCGGUCCCCGGAGAACGGAGGCGGGAGGGAGGAGGCGGCUCGAGCGCUGGCCUCCGGGGACACGGGCUUCUUCGAGAGCUCGGAGGACUGCGCAGGUAGCUAUAUGGUUCUGGAAGGAUACGGGGGCUUGGGGGAGAGCAGCACCGAUGAGGACCUCCAGGGCGGCGAGAAAGAGCUGGGAGCUCGAUGGGUCUCGGCGGCAGACUCCGGGAUCGACCUGAAGAAGCUGCUCUCAGCCUCCUCGCAGCCAGGGGGCGCCCCUAACCUCGGCCGGCAGGUCAUGACACACCUGCGCGUGCUGCAGGCCAGCCUGCAAUACCUGAAGGAUGUGGAGAACAGAUAUAACCAACUACGCCAAAGUAUGGCAGCAGCUACUGACACAGACGAGAACAAAGACAAGAGUUAGUGCUGGCGGAGCUGCCCAGGCCCUGUGUCCAAACAUGAGGGAAGCGAUGGGGAUGGAGGGAGGGGCAGCCUCUUGUCUCUCUCCUUUGGGAUGUCCCAUUACAGCCUGUGCCCCUAAUCCCCCCACCUCCCACCAGCCAACCCCCCCCUCCCCAAAUUACUGCUGAGCCCCUAACCUCACAGAGACUGAAGAGAGCGAGUGAGAGGGAUGGAGGAGGGGCUUCCAAGAGGCUCCUCCCCUCUGCCAGCACAAGGCAAUCAGGGAGACAGACUGCCCUCAGAUGCAUGCUCUGGCCCCGCCUCUACCACAGUGACCCCACCCAACCCUACCAUUUUUGGGUCCACCCAGCCUCCCCCUCCCCCCUUCAUUCUACCAAUCCGAACAAAAACGAACUAUACCAAAAUGUAUAAAGCUUUGUGUUUAGAAUAUAUUAAACACAGAAACAAGAAGAAAAAAGAACAAGGAAAUUUUAAAAUAAUGUAUUUAGAUUUUGUUUUGGUUUUCUUUUUUUUCUUUUUUUACCCCGAGAUGUAUUUAUUUCAUUUUUUUUCUGUCAUUGUCCUUUGUCGUCGUCAUGGAUGUUGUUCUGAUUAUUGGCCCCCCAGUGUCCCCUUGCAUGCGUUUUGACCUUUUGGAACCUUUGCUGCCUCCGACCCCGUCCCACAGCGAUCACGCCCUCAGGAGGGAACCGAUGAGCCCCCCCCACCCACUCCAGCUGCAUUCGCGCCCCACUCAGCGCUAAUGUUGCGCAGCUUCUCCUCUCCCUUCUCGGGGCCCCUCCCGCUCGAUGGCUCCUAGCUCGCCAGAAAUCGGAGGCGCCAUCGCUUUCAGGCCGCCUCUGAUCAUGGACGCCUGUUUAGGAAACGGAAGCCCCUGUUCUGAGCCUGAGGUGAAGGCAAGAGCUAAAUGCCAGUUUGGAUCUCUGUGACCCUGGCGGCCUCUGUGAGGAACAUGGCGGCCUCUGUGAGCUUCUAAAAAAAGAUUAUUCGGCUGCGAGAGCGUUGCUCGUUUUGCUGUUCAUCCUCACGAGGUUGUGCCGAAACGCAGCCUGUGUGUGUGAGAGAGAGAGCUCCAGCUCCCCACGACCUGCACUGUCAGCCAGGCUGGUCUGUGUGUGUGAGAGAGAGAGCUACCCAUGGCCUGCACUGUCAGCCAGGCUGGUCUGUGUGUGUGAGAGAGAGAGCUACCCAUGGCCUGCACUGUCAGCCAGGCUGGUCUGUGUGUGUGAGAGAGAGAGCUCCAGCUCCCCACGACCUGCACUGUCAGCCAGGCUGGUCUGUGUGAGAGAGAUAGAGCUCCCCAUGACCUGCACUGUCAGCCAGGCUGGUCUGUGUGUGUGAGAGAGAGAGCUACCCAUGGCCUGCACUGUCAGCCAGGCUGGUCUGUGUGUGUGAGAGAGAGAGCUCCAGCUCCCCACGACCUGCACUGUCAGCCAGGCUGGUCUGUGUGAGAGAGAUAGAGCUCCCCAUGACCUGCACUGUCAGCCAGGCUGGUCUUGUGUGGAGAGAGAGAGCUACCCAUGGCCUGCACUGUCAGCCAGGCUGGCUGGUCUGUGAGAGAGAGAGAGCUCCCCACAGCCUGCACUGUCAGCCAGGCUGGGCUGUGUGUGGUAGAGAGAGAGCUCCCCAUGGCCUGCACUGUCAGCCAGGCUGGUCUGUGUGUGUGAGAGAGAGAGCUACCCAUGGCCUGCACUGUCAGCCAGGCUGGUAGUGGCACAUCGAGCUGUCAGUCCCAUCAGAGAGGAAAGCAAGCCAGGCCUGGCUCUGCAGGACCUUUUUCCCGCUUCUGUCCGUGUGUAAAAAUCCCGAGGUCUCAUUGCCAAUUAAACCAGCUACAGUAGUUUAGCCGCUUUGACGGACACGGAAACCUGGCCUUUGGAGGCGUCUCAGGAAUACGGAGUGCAUUAAUGACUACUCGUGUAGGGAUAUCACAGCCAGGUUCUUCUGCGCCCAUUCCAAUUUUCAAGGCAGCCGUAUCUUUCUCAGUUCAGUUGUGGUUUGGGGGGGGGGGGUUGAGACCUGAAUUUGAUUUUUAAUAAUGAAAUUGUUUCCAUUCAUGUGGCAGAGAAAGGGAACUGUGGGAAUAUUUCAAAUGAAAGUGGCUGAAGGAGUGAUGCUGUAGAGACCACACUUAUUUUCAGAUGCCUCAUUUUGAGCUGCCUGAAUCCUCCAGUUUUCAUUGGUGGUACUUUGGACUUUGUAAGGAAUCCACUGCUUUGGAGCCACACAGUGUUAUUAGUGUUAUAACCAAGGCAAAAGAAGACUGCCUGCUAUUCACUUCAAUAACUGCCCCUAAAAUAAUGUAUUAAUCUUUUUUCCCUUCUGCUGAAGGACAGCCUUCCCGACCUCCAGACAUGGAGCUCUGCAUUACCCCCCAGAGCAAGGCUCAAGCCCCCUCUCAGCUUUUGAACUGUGUGUGUGUGUGUGUGUGUGUGUGUGCGCACGUGUGGUCGCGUGCCUGCCUGUGUGCGUACAUGUUUUUGUUUUUUUUUCUUACCGUGUUACUGUACAACGUCCUUCGGAAACAAGCUACUGAAGACCUUUUCACUCGCAAAUGGAGGUUAUUGGGUGAGAUUGAGGAGUUUGUGGAUUUUAGGUUCAGAUUGAGGACUUCACAAUGGUCAAUCUGCUCCAGUUCAUACUUCAACCAAGCUACUCCAGUUCAUUCUUCAACCAAGUUACAGGACUCUCGUCUGCAAAGGCUUCAUCUGGGACACUUGGAUUUAAAAAUGAAAAAAAAGAAGAAACUAAAAAGCUAAACACAUGAAUGCAGGAACCUUAAAAAAGGAACUUUGUGGAUAAUUUUUAAUGUAAAAAAUGUACAAUUAUGACCAACACUGCAUCUCUUAACUAGACAAAGAAACAACAUCUUCAUAAUUCUUUUUUGUUGUUUUGUUGUUAUUUCUUGCUUUCUACAUCAUACAAUCAUUUAUUCUUUUAACAGAAACUACUAAAAAAGAGGAAUAAAUAAAAAGACUGCAAAGUAUCCCUAAAAAUAUUAAUGCAAUCUGUAUUUUUAUUGCUCAUUUUGUCUAGACGUUUGAGGUAUAUUUUUUAUUAAUUAUUAUGAAUAUUAUUAUUAAUAUGGUCUUGGUUUCCUGUUCAAAACAUGAAUGAUAGCUCUUUUAGUUGAGAUAUUCUAUUUGAACAAACUGAUAUAUUGUUCAAUACGAAAGACAAGAUGAUAAAUUGUGUAUUUUUUAUUUUAUUUUACUUUUGUGUGGGGUGGGGUGGGGGGAUAUGAGAACUGGGAUGCAGAUUCUCGGCCAAAAAAAAUACAAAACAAAAAAAUGUUUAAAUAUCAUUAAACAUGCUUGGUGGAAACUUGG